AUGCCGAUCAACCGCACGCCGCCGCCCGCCUCGCCCGUGCCUAUGAACUCCGAUGAUACACCGCAUACGCGCGCAAUCGACGCGAUGGAACGGACGACGAUACUUCAUUGUGAAUCUGCGCCUGAUAUUCCAUCGCUUACGUUAAAUGUCACCGAGCGUAAAAAAAGGAAACAUGACGGAAUGAAUCCUAAUAUUAUGUCUUAUAUGAGUGAAAUGUUUUCAGUUUAUACGAAUGAACAAGCAAAACUUUUUAAAGAUUUACAAACUAUAGUUUCUAGUAUAAAGGAACAGAACGAUGAAUUAAAAAAGAGCGUUGAUAUUAUGUCAAGCAAGUAUGAUGAGUUUUUAUCACGGAUAUCUGUUCUUGAGGCAGAGAAAAAGCAGGAUAGAUAUAUUAUACAACAACUACAAGAGAAAAUAGAAAAUAUGGAACGAAAGUCUAGAUGUUCAGGAAUAGAAAUAAGAAACAAACCUAAAAACAAUGAAGAAACAAAAGAAAAUCUAUGUAGCACUGUAAAAAAAUUAGGGAAGUAUUUGAACGUAAAUUUGCAGGAUUCGGACAUAAAAGACGUGUAUAGAACUUACUCUAAAACAGGGACUAGACCGGUUAUAGUGGAAUUCAAUUCAGUCAUCAUUAAAGAAAAGAUGUUAAAUGAAGUAAAAAGAUUUAAUAAAACGAAACCAAAAAGUGAGAAAUUAAAUACUUCGCAUUUAAAUUACUCACAAAAAAACAUCCCCAUAUAUGUCACGGAGACGUUAACACAAAAUACUCAAAAACUGUUCUAUCAAGCCAGAAUUUUCCAAAAAAAUCAUAACUAUUUAUUCUGCUGGACAUCUAGAGGUAUUGUAUACAUACGCAAGAAUGAAAAUUCUUCUCAAAUUAGAAUAAAUAAUGAAACAGAUUUAGAAAAUCUACGGAAGACCGAAUGA